AGUGGAUAAAUUAAAUUAAUGGAAUAAACGGAUAACGAAAUUGUUACUCAACUUUUUACGAAUCACGCGCGUAAUUGUAUUUACAAUCCAGUCCUAAAUAAUUUAAAGUCAACUCUCUCUCUCUCUCUCUUUUUCUCUCUUUGCUGACAAUAUUCUUAUCUCGUGCCGAAAAAAAUAAUUAAAAAAAAGUAAUUAAUUAAAACGGUACGUAAAAGUGAAAAACGAGCGUGAUGCAAACACAACAUUCUUAUACAUCUAUUACGCGCGCUUGUCUUCCCAAAGCGCGAACCAAACCUCCCCGGGCUGCUCUUGUAUGACGUAAUGCGCAUUUCUGGACCAGGCCGUGACAUUGCAUAACGAAACGCAUUAAAUGCGUAUCGUGACACGCAAGUGUAGAGCUAGUUGCCGAUGCAUCGGAUAUAAUAACACUCGCACACACACGCGCGCAUAUGUGUGUACGUGUGCUACACAUUAUCAUCUCAUCGUAAUUACAAGUUUCUUACGAGCGACCGUGCACGCUUUACGUGUCUCUAUUAACGCUACAAUGCACUUUUCAUACGAUAAUAUAUGUGUGGCUCGAUAAGAGUCUCAACGUAAGAAAGUAAUUAAUUCGCUUUACGUUCAAAAAUAACUUUGCACAAAGUCGGUUGAUUAAAACUUUUGAAAUCGUCAUCAUCGUCUCGAGAAUCAAUGACAUUUUACAUGACGCGCGCGCGCGUGCGCGCGUGUGUGUGUGUAUUUCUUAAUUAAAUUACAAUCGAUCUGUUUCCCCCUUCCUUGAAUUUCAAAUACUUCUCGAUGUAUCGAUGUAAAAUAUAAAACUCGGAAAAAUAACAAGACGAUAAAAUAGCAAGUUAAAAAAAAACCAAUUUGUUGACAAUCUCUGAAUUUAAUUACAGAUAUAUAUAAAAUAUUCUUAGAGGAAAAUCAACUACAAAUUUAAGUCCCCACUACCACAAUAAUAUUCCAUAACAUUCAUAAAACUUCUCUCUGCCAACUCUGCUCGAGAAAUAUGAGUUUCAAAAACACACUUGAUUUCGAAGAUCAAGUUCACACUCUCGAAAAUGUCUCUCGUAUUUGCGCUAAACUGAACGAUUUUCGCGCGAAAAUAUGACGUGACGCACGCGAGAAACUAGGAGACAGAAAAAGGAGACAAACGUCUUUCAAAGCGGUGCACCGUGUACCUCGUCACGGUAGCGUGUGCAUCUGCGUCGUCGUGAACGCACUCGUCCAACAAGAACCGAGAGAGAGAGAGAGAGAGAGAGAGAGAAGAGAAGGAGGAGAUCGCGAGGGAGACGAAGAGAGCUUCGUGGUUAGCGAGGGACCUUGACGGCCUGAAGAACGCUAUUUCAUUUUCGCGGGGCAUAGUAUCGAAUCGACGACGCAGGUGUGGACGGACCACGCGCUGUCACCGACUAGACCGACGAGGGUGCGUCGCGAAGAAACGCAAACUUUUUUCCGAGAGAAGGCGGAAAAAAAAAAAAAUCGAAACUGCGUCAGAAACGAAGUUUUCUGAUAUCGCGAGGAAGUUCGAACACACGAAUGUGACUGAUGAAAACAAGGAACUGAUUUCGACGAACCACGAGGCUUGAGUGGGCGAGAUUACACAAUAUCACCACGAGUUUCCAGGUGACCUACUGAGAUCACGAAAAAGAAUGGUCAAUUCGAUAUUACUGCUCUGGGCGUUGGUCGGUCUAAUUGGCCGAGUGCACGGCAAAUGCAGCUCAGCGCUGAUCGCCGAGAACGAACGGUCGAUCGCCUACGCGUGCGUUCACGGCGACCUGAGCGACCUCGACGAGCUGCCCGACGAGACCGAAUGGAUCGAGUUCUCGGUGUCGCGAUUCUACGCGAUACCCGACGACGCGUUCCGUCGAUUUCCACAUCUGCGUCGCCUAUCUUUUUACAAUUGUCAUGUGAACGUUAUCGAGCCCGCCGCGUUUCGCGGCCUGCAACAACUCGACUGGUUGAUUUUCCACGGCGUGAGGAUCUACGCGGCGAAGGCCGCUUGGUUCCGUCACCUGCCGAAUCUCAGGAAAUUGGUUCUCGACAGAUGCGACUUGGUGUACAUCGAGCCCGACGUUUUCCGUACGUUACCGCGACUGGAGACGCUCGACUUGCGCGAUAACGACCUCGACUGUCUCUCGGUUGAGGAACUGUCGCAUCUGAAGUCGCUCAGAACCGUGCGCAUCGACGGCAAUCCGUGGUUGUGCCACUGCCGAUUCAGAAUGGACAAAUUCUUUCUCGAACGAUCGAUCGUACAAGAGAUACAGUGCAGAAUUCGUCCAGGCGUCUGUACCAAGUAUCGAAAUCCACAGUGCAUGACGCACGUCGACAUCCCGCUCCCACCUCCGACGAUUACCAUCGAGCAGGAACACGUCGGCAGUCGCUUCCAGACGAGCGCACUGACGUCGUUGGACCGACUGCCGGACAGAACCACGUGGAUCGAGAUCUCGGGGCUGCGGAUCGAUCGUUUACCCGCGUACGUGUUCUUCCGGUUCGGCAACAGUCUACGCAAUUUGGAGAUGCGCGAUUGUUUAAUCGGCUCGAUCGAGCCGGGCGCGUUCGCCGGUCUGAAUCAGUUGCAGCGCCUCACGCUCGCCGGCAAUCGGUUGCCCGUGGUGACCGCUCAUUGGUUCAGCGAUCUCACGACGCUGCAGCAACUGAUUCUCGCGCGGAACAACAUCAAGCGCAUUGAGCCGGGCGCGUUGCGUCCGUUGGCCGAUACCCUGCGCCAUCUAGACGUGCGAUACAAUCAACUGCGGUGCUUAUCGACCAACGAGUUGGCGUAUCUGAGACACCUCGAGCGACUGGACGCCGUCGGUAAUCCGUGGAAUUGCGAGUGCCGCAGAAAUCUGCUGAAAUAUCUGACGGAUCGCAAUAUCGGUUACGAGAUCAGCGACGGUCGAUGCUACGAAGAAGAUGAAAUUGUCGAUGAGCAACAUACCGAUAUUGUCGUGAGCACAUAUGGCCAAAUUCGCUGGACGACUUUCGAACAAGUUUUAGAGAAGAACAUCACCGUAUCAAGACCUCCAACCGAGAUCGAGAUCAAAACAGAUAGACCACCGAUUCACAGAACUGGUACUUGCGCGCAGGAUGAGAGGGAACAAUCCCGACAGGUGUUCGUUUGCAGCAUCGCCUCGCUCAGAGAAUUGGAUGCCAUACCUCGCUCAGCUCACACCAUUCGCAUUACCUUCUCGGAUUUAAAAACUAUUCCGACGCGAGCGUUUGCUCGCUUCGACGGCUGGCUCUCCAGACUCGAAUUGCGCGACUGCGGCAUCGAGACGAUCGAAUAUCGCGCCUUCGUCGAUCUGUUCAACUUGGACUACCUAUCGCUUCGCGGCAAUCAUCUGGAAUUGAUAACGUCCGAAAUGCUGGAGGGCCUGACGAAACUGCGACAUCUCGACUUGUCUCGCAACAACAUCCACCGAAUUAACAACGAUGUGUUCGCCACGUUGCCGAUGCUGCACAGCCUCGAUAUCUCGGAGAAUUACAUGAACUGCUUUGGUGUCGAGUACAUGGCGCGGAAGAUGCCGUAUCUGUCUUCUCUCAAAGCUUACGGAAAUCCGUGGAGUUGUCUGUGCGGAUCCAAACUGGCUGAUUUUCUAGAUUCCCGCAGGAUACCGUAUAGUCGCGAUUCUCUGCUGCAAAUGAGCGAGUAUUGUUUUAUUAACGCGACCACGACCACCCCGCGCUCGACAGCAAUCAUUCCGAAGACGACGACCACAACCGAGCCACCCUCAACAGGUGUAUACGAGAAGCGCGUUCAGGGUUCUUGCACUCGUCACGAGGAAACCACGGGACCGCGAUAUCGUUGCGUCGGCGGCAAUUUGGCCUUGCUCAAGAACAUAUCGUCCGACGCCGUCUCGAUCGAGUUUUACGAGGGAAACUUGUCUCACCUACCCCCCAAUUCUCUCUACAAGUUUCAAAAUCUGAAAGAGCUCAUUAUAAGAAACUGCGAUCUACAAACUAUCCAAGUAGACGCCUUCAGAGGUCUGGAUUCUCUGGAACGGCUCACCAUUCAGGACAAUCCGCUCAAGUCGAUCGAGGCGGAUUGGUUCACUAUGCAGCAUCUCGAGCGUCUCGAUCUGCGCGGCAAUUCCAUUCGCUACAUCGUGCCGGGGGCUUUUCGUCAUCUCCACAAGCUGGUCUACCUGAAUCUCGAGGGUAACGAUUUGCAAUGCAUCUUCACUAGCGAUCUGCAGAACAUACCGGAUCUGCACAUCGUCGAGUUCGCCGGCAAUCCUCUCAAGUGGCGUUGCCGCAUGGAUCUGGAGCAAUUCUUGGAAACGCGAAAGAUCAAGUUCGUCAAGGUGGAAAAUUCGUGCGAGGGCAAAAAGAUAAUGAGAAAUCUUCUUUAUCAAAAUCGAACCGCGGAACCGCUCGAAUGUCCACCCGGUUGUUCGACGGCAUCUGACAUUACACAAGAAACAAGUUUAAUUUUUAUAACAUUUGCGUUGUUUUUCGCGAUAUAUUAACGCCACCAAUUGUCUUCCGCGUCAAAGACGAAACUUCUGGCAGUCCGUCAUGAAGUCGUCUCUGUGAAAUUCCUCUUUUGACGACACUUUUUACAAUUCCGUAUUACAGCUUUUUCUUCGACAACUAACAUAUCUCACAUUUGAUAUAAAAAAAAAAAAAAAAAAA